AUGCCCAGAGUUAGUGGUUCAUUCUUUGAGUACGCGCCAAGCCUUUUUGCAUUUGAAUAUGGCGAUCUGCAAUCUGAAAAUGUAUUGAUAUUCAUUGGUGGUCUUGGUACUGGCUUUUGCUCUGUUCCAUAUAUUCCAGAGCUUUCACGAAAAUUAAACGACAUUGGCUGGUCAUUGAUUCAAAUACAGAUAACUAGCUCAUACACCGGAUGGGGAACCGGAUCUCUUGCAAGGGAUUCCUCAGAAAUCGAGAGGCUUGUCCAAUAUUUGAAAAGUAAAAGUACAGAUUGUGGAUCAAGAAAGCAUGUUGGUAUCAUGGGGCAUUCAACUGGAUGCCAAGAUACUAUGCAAUUUUUUAUUAAAGAGCCUCGUGAUGAUCAAUUCAUUCCUUUAGAGUUCGGAAUUAUCCAAGCUCCUGUUUCUGACAGAUAUACAGCUUUAAAGGUGAUGCCUAAGGAUUUGUAUAAAGAUGCAAUGAACGAAGCGAUAGAACUUAUCAAACAAGGAAAGCAGGACGAGAUCAUGCCAAUUAAAUAUUCCAAACUCUUUUUCAAUGUUCCAAUCAGUGCGUAUAGGUGGAAUUCGCUAUUUUCGGUGAAGGGUGAUGACGACUACUUUUCUCCAGAUUUGCCAUUGGAGGAUUUGAAAUCAAGUUUCGGGAAGUUUGACAAGCCACUCCUUGCCCUUUACAGUGGUGCUGACGAAUAUGUUUUGGAAUCUGUUGAUAAGGAGGCAUUAAUGAAAAAAUUCGAAGCAGCCACCGGAAGUAACUGGUCAAAAUUAAGUAAAGUUGUUCCUGGAGGCAGACAUGAUUGGGGUCCGGGAUCGGGCCCCGACUCUAUGAAUAUUGGUAUUAGUACUGUGAUUGAGUUUGUGAAAGGAUUGAAUUUGGAAUAG